ACUUUACAUGGAAGCAUAUUCUGCUACGGAAUAGAAUCUGAGGUUGAGAAGUUGAUGAAGCAGGCAUUUGAGAAGUUGAUGAAGCAGGCAUUUGAGAAGUUGAUGAAGCAGGCAUUUGAGAAGUUGAUGAAGCAG